AUGUCUGCUGUGCAUACAUGCGGGUGCACAGUGAAACGAACAAAGAUCGAUCAAGAGCGCUCGCAAGUGCAACUAGCCCAGCGGAUCUUGUUGGCUGGAGGCACUCCGACCGAUUCGAACUUGGCUGAAGUGGGAGGAGCGAGCUUCGAGCAAACUGAUCGCAUUCCUGCGCUUAGCCAAGACAGACCAUCAACCUAUGGCUUGAUAGAUCAGCUUUUCACCACUCUCGACACUGAGCAUGGCCCGCUCACGGGCUUCAAUGCGAUUCCGGAUGGACUUACUUCAACUGUCUCAAACCCGCUAGCCAACGGCGACCUUGUACGCCUUCGCGAUGUGAUGGGCUGCAGUCUACCUGCUCGUGUCGUCACACUGAAACUCUUUGAUGUGUUCAUAGAUUCUGUUCACUGGUUCAUGAUGGUAUUCCACGAACCUUCACUGCGUGCCGAUCUCGAGGAGAUGUUAAAUACUGGAACAUUUCCGAGGCAAAAGCUAUCUACAAUCAUCCUCGUGAUGGUAGUCUUACUGAUAGGAACAAAGUACGUGCUGGUAGACGAGAUUCCACCCACCUACUCGAGCCAUGACCUCUCGCGUUUCCAGGCAGUUCUCCUCGAAAAGAUCGAAGCGAGGUUCCUGGCUGUUCUGGACCAAGACGAUGUUGGAGCAAUUCAAGUUUGCGUCCUCCUCAGCUCGUUUUACUUCUACCACGGUCGGCCGCAUCGCUGCUUAGCUAUGAACAGUGCCGCAACAAGACUCGCUCAAGGUAUGAAACUCCAUCGAGAGUCCACUUGGCGAGUCAUCGAUCCCAUCGAGAGAGAGGUGCGGCGCCGUGUGUGGUGGGCAGUAUACGUCUUGGACGGAUACGGAGCUUUGACUUAUGGCACAACCAAUUCUAUUCAGCAUUCGAAGUGCCAGGUUGAGCUGCCUCAAAAUAUCGAUGACACACUGGAGACUUGCCCGGGAAUUGGGUCAUACGAAGUAAUGGAAGAUGGCUCAUCUCGAAGAGUUACAACACUUUCUUACCAGCGAUUUAAGUUCCGACUGUAUUGUAUCGCAGAACCGAUCAUGAAAGACGUAUACUUCAAUGACAGACGAUCAGUCCGAGAAGUUGUCAACAGAAUCCAGGCCAUCAACGCGCAGUUGCUGGAGUGGCAAGACAGCGUCCCUCCCGAGCUCGAUCUGAAGAAUGUUUCUCGUCACUCUCUUACCCACAGUCGGCAGUAUCGGAGUCUCCGCGUCUUCCAGGUGCAAGCUCUAGCCUUGCAACUCGCUUAUGACAACAUUCAACUUGUCUUGCAUCGUACCUUGCUUUUCCACAUCAAGGGCUCCCUGUUCAGACCACCACUCAACAUGCCCGAGACGAUGGACGAAAUCAGCGAAGACGUCAGAAGAUUAUCGAGCAUAAGCAAAGACAUCUGCUGGAAGGCCGCGACCAGGACGUCUUGCAUCGAUCGAUUUCCAGAUGUUCUCAAACAGUCCCGCAACUGUCACGUGGGAGGUUACACUGGAGUGCAGACGUUCACCGCGGGCUUUGUCUUGGGCAUAUUUGCGCUUUCCCAGCCGCUGUCCACUCAGGCGCAAGAAGCAAAACGCGCCAUCGGCAGACUCAUCAAAAUGCCGAGGCUGUUUGGCUACCGUACGGCCAUCUCUGAUCAGACGGAGAAUAUCCUACAACGACUACUCAGAGUCAUCCUCGACCAAGAGAUGAGACUGCUGACUGUGGAAGGAAACCACUCUGCCCUCGACAGCAGCAUUUUGGACGGAGCGAACGCUAAUACACUCGAGAGCCGUGCUCAGACGGUGUCGGGACGAUCCACGCAAGAUUCAGUAUCAAGAAGAACGCCUCCAGCCCGCAGAGGCGAUGACUUCGCACCCGCGGGAGCUCUGUUGGGUGACGCCAGCGAGCGCGUCGGAGUACGUCACGACACCAACCCUUCGGAUUUCGAUCAAGGUUAUAGUGAUUCCUUCGACACGACUGCCAACUCCGCAUGGAUCAAUUUUGAUAUGAGUGGUAUCUUGACUGAUACAAGUUUCAUGGAUGAUAUCAACAACAUUGGCCAGGGCUGGAUAUGGGAUGAUGUGCCCCCUUUCCCUUGA